GGAGCCCAACAGGGUACAGUUUCUGUGAGGAUCGGUCAUAAUGUAAAUAUGAUCCAUUUUCUAUCCCAUAAUCUGAACCGGACUCAUUGAUUCCAGUGCGUGUGAUCAGCAGAUGACUUCAUCGACGCUCGUCCUCUCUCUCACUGCCUUUCCCUGCUCUGGGAAGGUGAAGCCUUUAGAAUAACACCGCUGGCCGCAAUGAGACGAAUAACGGGAAAGGGGAAGGAUGAAACUUUGAUCGAGCUGCAGAGCGCCACGGAUUCACAGACAGGAGAUGGUCCGGCAGUCUUGACAGCAUUCAGGAUAAACCUGCACUCAGAUGAAAACAGUGCAAAUGGGGUCGAUUCACUAUCUGAAAGAACACCACUGCCUGGACAUACAGAGACCGACAAGCUACAACCAAACAAAGACACCGUGUUCUUCAGGGACGGGGUUCGGAGGAUAGAUUUUGUGUUGUCCUAUGUAGAUGACAAAGAUGGAGAAAAGAAACAGGAUAGGAGGAGGGAGUUUGAGGCCAACCUUGAGAAGGAAGGUCUGGAGCUGGAGACGGAGGACAAAUCGGACUCCAAAGACAAAAAGACAUAUUUCUUGAAGAUCCAUGCUCCGUGGAAUGUACUGACCACCUAUGCAGAUGUCUUAAAGGUCAAAGUUCCCUUCAAAACCAGUGAUGUCCCCCACGGUCAGGAGGUCCCACUGGAGUGGCUCUCACAUCCUUUCCGCCUGCCAGAACACAUCAUGCGUCCACAACCUGACUACUUCACCUACCCCUUCGACAAGACCAAGACCAACUUCUUCCUCAUCACUGACAAAGAUACUUUCUUCCCGCCUUCCACAAGAAACAGAAUUGUGCUCUACAUCCUGGCUCGUUGUCCGUACUACAAAGAUGAUCAGAAAGACAGAGACAAGACGGGAAUCAAGCGACUGCUCAGCAAUGGGACGUACACAGCAUCCUUUCCACUACAUGAUUGUCGGUACUGGAAACGGGCAAGAAACGCUGAGUGCGAGAGCGAGCGCUACAACUUGUACCAGCACUGGGCCAGGUUUCUCUGCUUUUACAAAGAGCAGCCGCUCAACCUCAUCAGGAAGUACUAUGGGGAGAAGAUUGGGAUCUACUUUGCCUGGCUGGGCUUCUACACUGAGAUGCUGUUCUUUGCAGCCGUCAUGGGCCUUAUAUGUUUCACCUAUGGAGUGCUGAGUUAUGAUGACAACAUGUCAAGCAAAGAAAUAUGUGACGCCAACAUUGGGGGAAGUAUUGUGAUGUGUCCACUUUGUGAUAAAAAGUGCUCUUUCUGGAAGCUCAACUCUACGUGCCUCUCCUCCUGGCAAUCCCAUCUGUUUGACAACGAGGGAACGGUAUUCUUCGCCAUAUUUAUGGGGAUUUGGGUAACUCUGUUUCUGGAGUUCUGGAAACGACGUCAAGCCCGACUGGAGUAUGAGUGGGACUUGGUGGACUUUGAGGAGGAACAGCAGCAGCUUCAAAUCCGGCCCGAGUUUGAGAUCCAAUGCACUAACAAGAGACUCAACAAGAUCACACAGGAAUUGGAGCCAUAUCUCCCUGUCACCAGCAAGUGUGCUCGCUUCUGCCUCUCAGCUGCCACUGUUAUAUUCUGGAUUUCUCUGAUAUUGGCCUGUGUCAUUGGGGUCAUAGCAUACAGGCUGGCUGUGUAUGCUGCCUUUGCAAGUAUCAUUAAAGACCCCCUGAGGAAGAUCCAGGUGGUGGGCAGAUUCAUCACUCCGCAGCUAGCGACGUCUGUCACCGCCUCCUGCAUCAACUUUGUCAUCAUCAUGAUCCUCAACUUCUUCUAUGAGAGGGUGGCCAUUUGGAUCACUGAUAUGGAAAUCCCAAAGACCCACCUUGAAUAUGAGAACAGGCUGACCAUGAAGAUGUUCCUCUUCCAGUUUGUCAACUACUACUCAUCGUGCUUCUACGUGGCCUUCUUCAAGGGGAAAUUUGUUGGUUCUCCUGGCGACUACACAUAUAUGUUUGGCAAACUGAGGAAUGAGGAAUGUGACCCUGGAGGCUGUCUGAUUGAGCUGACCACACAGCUGGUGAUUGUCAUGGCAGGAAAACAACUCUGGGGGAACAUUCAGGAAGCUCUGCUGCCGUUGAUGCGUAACUGGUGGAGUAGCAGAAAGGGACGACACCAUCCUGAGAACCAUUCCAGCCGUUGGGAGCAGGACCACGUCCUGCAGAACUUCGGCCAGCUGGGAUUGUUUUAUGAGUACCUGGAGAUGGUGAUCCAGUUUGGUUUCAUCACAUUGUUUGUGGCCUCUUUCCCCUUGGCUCCGCUGCUGGCUCUGUUCAACAACAUCCUGGAGAUCAGGGUGGAUGCCUGGAAGUUCACCACCCAGUUCAAGAGACCAGUGGCGUCCAAGGCCCGAAACAUCGGAGCGUGGCAGGAAAUCCUCAACGCAGUGGCCAUUUUGUCUGUUGUUACCAACGCUUUUAUAAUGGCAUUCACCUCCGACAUGAUCCCCCGUAUGGUCUUCCUGUAUGCCUACGGUGAAGAUGCCAGCAUGAGGGGAUACGUUAACAACAGCCUGUCAAUAUACAACAUCUCUCAGAUACUUGAGCACAACAUGCCCGAGGUCCGAGACAACUGGUUUGAUAACUCCACCACCACCUGCAGAUACCGUGACUACCGUUACCCUCCAGGCCACCAGAAGGAGUACAUGCACAACAUGCAGUUCUGGCACAUCCUGGCAGCCAAAAUGGCCUUCAUUAUAAUCAUGGAGCAUGUCGUGUUUGUGGUGAAGUUCUUCGUGGCGUGGAUGAUCCCCGACGUCCCUUCAGACGUGAAGGCUCGGUUUAAACGAGAACGCUACUUGAUUCAAGAAUACCUGCAUAACUACGAGGUGGAAAGGCUCAAACUCCAGCUGAGUGCCAGUUUCAUAACGGAGCCGCAGUCAGAAACGUCCUUGAUGACGGACAAGCAUGAAGUGUUGUCUGAGUGUCUGUAGCCUCAAACUUCAAGCCACCAACGGUCUGAGAGCAUUCAUAUAGAAGGGCCCCUGUUUUUGGGUUAAAAAACACUAUUAUCUUUUUUUGCUGAAUGGACUCCUAUAUUAGGAUGCAACAUUUCGCUUAAACUUUGCUUAAAAUCUGCUUUUUGAGCCGAAGAAACAUUCCUGUGCCAAUACAAGAUAGUGGGAAGAUAACAGCAAAGAGCAAAAGAUUUUAAGUGCAGCUUAUAUCAUUCUCCAUGUAAUGUCUUCUGACUGAAAAAAAUCAUAAUCUCUGUAUGUGCCGAUAGAGUUAAAGUUUGUGGUGUUGAACAUGUGACAUUAGGUGUAAUUAGCCUUUAAAUAGUUGGCUAUGAUAUCAUUAAUUAAAUGUUCUGCAUGUGAUUCUUCUGAUUAGAAUACAAGAUGAAGGCCUGGAAAAUAUGUGUAUGAUUUAAAAACGUUUGUGGUUAAGAUAUUCAUAUCAUUAUAGAGAUAUAUCUUAUACAUUACAUAGCCUUUUUCUGUCAUUUAACUGUUACUGUAGGCUUACAUUACUUUUUUGAAUUGGUAGCUACAGAAUGUUUACAUCCACUGAUCUAUAGCUGGGCUAUGAGAUUGUCAGUUUUGUUUUGAGUGUGUCAUUUUUAGGGAAAGUUUGAAAACCAAGUAUUUCCUUCAUAUUGCAGUGAUAGUCUAAAAAUCACAAGUGUGUGUAUCAGUCCAGCCUGUGUUAGUAACAUGGUGAGACAUCAGCUUCAGGCUCGUGCAUCUCAUCUUCCAAAGAUAUUGCCAACUUGCUGUGGGACCAAUUAGAAGAUUUCUACCAAGAGAAAAGACUACAAAAAGGAAAUAUUAUUAAAGAUUUUAUGUUUGAAUACAAUCAGUUUAUGUGCAUGAGUUAAGGUCAAUCAAGUGUCAGCCCUUCUCCUCCUUGUGCUACAUACGGAUAAUAAAUGGCCUAUAUUUCUGUUUACAGAUUUCCCAUUAUUGGUGUCUCCACAUACUGUAGGCAUAAACAAUUGUAACCUUCAUUACAGAGAUAAACAGAAAGGAGAAGAACUUAUUGUGCCUUGGUUGGGAUACAUGUGAGUGAUGAUUUCAGUGAGGGGCUUUCAGUAACCAAUUCAUACUCUCUGGUUUCUAAGUGUUGCUCUAAAUAUAAAUAAUAUAUCAUCUAUUUAAAUAGGUUGCAGUGCAAUUAACUUACUGAUCUGCUUCUGUUCUGUAGCUCGAAGCUUUUGUAUUUUGAGUUACUUAUCAAUUUAUUUGCAACACCUGAUUUCUUAUUUUGUACUAUUCACUGCCUUGUAACGACCGUCGAGCAGUGUUAGAUCAAACAGUUCUUCAGGUGCAAAUAUUUAUAUAUUUGUACUUUGUCAAGGGACCAGAUUGUUAAAUUUCUUUUUGAUUAUAUUUCUUAACAGUAGAUAAGUGAUUUAUGAGAUACAGGAUCACUUUGUAUCCUCUUUGGCCUAAUGUGUUUUUCUGUUUAUAUUGAAACCUCCUCGCAAUUCACUGUAACUGAUGCAGUGGCGAUUUCCAUAUAUAUUAGCAAAUUAUAUUUGACAGUCAAAAGCUAAACCUGAACAACUCACGUCAGGAUUAAACACCUGCUGAUGUUUGUUGAGCAUCAUUUGUUGAUAAAGUAUGCAGAUGUCAGACGUGUGCAGAGUGUGUUCCUGCAACAUGCAUGAUGUAUUUCCAACAAACAAUUGCCUUAAACCUCUGUGCAUUCUUGUUUUUGAAUAGUUUUGUAAUGACAAAGUUUCCGAUCUGAAUUCAAAACAUCUUUCAUAAAACAUGUUCUGUUGCUCGUCAUUGCAAAGCUGCUGUCUGGUUUGAAUUGCAUGAAUUGCUUUACAUAUUUCUGUCAGUUAUAUUCUAAGUACACUAUAGCUGAUUGUACAGAAAUGCAUGAAAGCUGUUAAUAUUCACAAUAAAUAAAGAUAUAACUA